AAACCCUGGGCGACCCGGCUGCGUCGAGGCCUGCCCCGCACGCAGGGGUGGUCACCUGGCCCGGGCAGGCAGGAAUGUCUCGGGCAGGGAGCCGGCUCGCCGGAGUCGGUUCCAGCGUGUUCGAGUGCCAGCUGCAAGCCCUCGGGGCCACGAGCGGCAAGUCCCGGCUUGCAGAGAGGGGAGCCGGUCCCGGGCGAGCGCGAGUCGCGGCGAGCCCGUGUGCGCGCCCAGGCGCGCGCCCCGCGACGGCGCAGGGGGAGGGGAGGCCGCGGCAGCCACUCAGAGGAACGGUAGUGAGGCCUGCGAACAACUUUAACUGUCAAUCAGACUUAAUGGGGUAUUAAAAAAAUGGGGGGGGGGGUGAAGGGGCCGCCCUCUCGCUCCGCGCCGCGGCUGCCUGGGGAGCGAAUGGCUAAGGAGGCGUAGAGCAGGGCGCCCGAUCCCCGCGCGCUCCGCACCCCGGCCCUCUCCAAGUUGGAAAGGACAAAAAGAAGGCAGUCAAUGCUCCCGGGGAGAGCGAGGCAGCCGGAUCGGGCGGCAACUCCCAGCCUGCGCUGGGGAAGAGCGAGGGAGGCAGCCGCGGGGAGCGAGCGCGCGCGAGGGCGAGCCCUGAGCCAGGAGAAACUGACACCGGGACCCCUGGCUCCUGCUGCGCGCGGCUGGCACUCGGGCUGCGUUUGAGCGGUUUCCUGAGCCGCAGAAUAGCCCCGGGCCGGGAGACGCGCGCGGGCUGGAGCCCGGCGCCGCUCGCACGCCCCCUCCCACCCCUGCACUUUUGUUUUUCCUGGGGAAGGGGCAGACGCGCCGCAAGUGGGGAAACAGCUUUUUUUUUUUUUUUUUUUUUUUUUUUUAAUCUUGCACUUUGAAACCGCCGGGCUGGAGCCGGGUGCGCGCGUGUGGUUGGUGCCUUUUUUUUUUUCCCCUGCCCCUGCCUAAAGUCUGGCAGCUGUGAACACCACCUGAGAGCGCCCCGCCGAGGCGGCUGCCGGGCCAGAAACUUCUGGUUCGAACUUUGUACCCCCCGCCCCCGCCGGCUCCCCUCCGCCCCGCUCGCCGCCCCAGCCUCGAGACGCUGCUUCUGCUCCCGAGGACUUGUUCUGCUUUUUCGCUGUUUUUUUUUUUUUUUUUUAAUUUUAUUUUUAUUUUCUCGCGCGCGCGCCCGGUGCUUCGCAUUUGGCUGGGAAGAGGUGAUCGCCAGAGCGCCCAGGUGGGACGCCUCGCUCGUCUUUACUCGGUUUAUUGAUUGCUGUUGGCGCACUUUUUUUUUUUUUUUUUUUUUUAAUUCCUGUUCUGCUUGGGCCGGGGAGUUUCGCUCCCCGCCCGGCGCCGUGGCGCGCAGGAUGGUGUGGAGAUGGCUGGGCGCGCUGGUCGUGUUCCCUCUGCAGAUGGUCUACCUGGUGGCGAAGGCGGCCGUGGGGCUGCUGCUGCCCGCCAGGCUGCGGGACUUGUCUCGGGAGAGCGUGCUCAUCACCGGCGGUGGCAGAGGCAUCGGGCGCCAGCUCGCUCGCGAGUUCGCGGAGCGCGGCGCCAAGAAGAUUGUCCUCUGGGGCCGGACUGAGAAGUGCCUGAAGGAGACGACGGAGGAGAUCCGUCAGAUGGGCACCGAGUGCCACUACUUCAUCUGCGACGUGGGCAACCGGGAGGAGGUGUACCAGACGGCCAAGGCUGUCCGGGAAAAGGUAGGCGACAUCACCAUCCUGGUGAACAACGCCGCCGUAGUCCACGGGAAGAGCUUGAUGGACAGCGACGACGACGCCUUGCUGAAGUCCCAGCACAUCAAUACCCUGGGCCAGUUCUGGACCACCAAGGCCUUCUUGCCACGCAUGCUGGAGCUGCAGAACGGCCACAUCGUGUGCCUCAACUCCGUGCUGGCGCUCUCUGCCAUCCCUGGCGCCAUUGACUACUGCACGUCCAAAGCAUCCGCCUUCGCCUUCAUGGAGAGCCUGACCCUGGGGCUGCUGGACUGUCCGGGUGUCAGCGCCACCACCGUGCUGCCCUUCCACACCAGCACCGAGAUGUUCCAGGGCAUGCGAGUCAG